CCAAUUUAAUUCGAAGGGCCUCCAUUUUUGAAACAGAAGCUUCCACCUCUCUCACUCGUCACUCUUUGAUUCUCUCUCUCUCUAUAAAAGCUUUUCCACUGUCUUCCUUUUUCGUUCUCACUCUAAAACCCUUAUUUUCUUUCUCAUCUUCCUCCUCAGCCAACACCCAUGGGAUUCCCAGUCGGAUAUACAGAGGUCUUUUUCCCUAAUCUCUUCCUCCACACACUCUCUCUCCUUGGCUUCAUCCGAAACCUAAUUUUCUCUCUCUUCCAUUUCCUCGGCCUCUCAGAAUUUUUGGAAACCGACGUCGUAUGGCCCCAAUCUGCGUCGUUUGCGUCGGCAGCCCAAUCGCCGGAUAAUCCUCCGGUAUCGGCGAUCCUAAUCCGAGAGCUACUUCCGGUAAUUAAAUUCCGGGACCUGGACACCGUGUACGGUGCCGGAGAGCCGCCAGAAAAUUGUGCGGUUUGCCUGUACGAGUUCGAUGGAGGAGAAGAGAUCAGGUGGUUGACGAACUGUAAACACAUUUUCCACCGAGCCUGUCUGGACCGUUGGAUGGACCACGAUCAGAGAACGUGUCCUCUUUGUAGAACGCCAUUUGUCCCUGAUGAGAUGAAGGACGAGUUCAAUCAACGGCUUUGGGCUGCUUCUGGGGUCGAUGAUUUUUACAGCGAAUACAGCUCAGUUUGAGGUUGUAGAAUACGAACUCUUUCUCUCUCUCUCUCUCCCCUUUUCUGAGAUAAUUAUAUAGAUAUAGAUAUAUUAAAAUAUAUUUUUUUUUGUAAGUUCGGUAUGAUCAACCACUAAAUUGUGUAUAUAUACAUGAAAAAAUCGAUAUAGAAGUAGAUUUUUUUUUAUACAGUUGAAUAAA